GAAGCACAGUGACAGUUAGGCACAUUUACAAGACUUGUUAGUAAUUCUCUUAUCGUACUAUUGUGUUCCAUCACUUGAAAUCAUUUUGAAGGAAAGCAGGAGAAAUAAUAAUUCCUGUAAGAAAUUUCUUAGAACACUUCUUGAGGUACGAAAAGAUUGCUCUUCUUUCUGUGUAGUCGAAUGUAUUCUACUCUGAAAAAAAUUGUCAUGUCACAAGGUUUAUUACCCUGCUCCAUAGCCAACACCACUUUCAUUUCCAAGAUAAUUUACUCUUCUAUGUAUUUGCAGUCAGGGAUUUCAGUUCACUGACCCUUUGCCUCUUCAAACCCAAGUUCUUCUCCAUGAAAACUAAAAGCUUUAUAUAUGAAUAAUAGGGUAGAAUUGGCAUUUGCUUCAAAUGAGGAACAUUAAGAAAAGUAGGAACUAGAGCAUCUGAGCCUAAGACCAGUUGGAAGAGACACAGAAAUGAUCCUUUCUGCAUCCCUACGUACUGGUACUUGAGACACCUACAUGUGACUGAGCCCAAAUGGAAGAACCUGACCCUUGCCUAGGGAGCAUACCUGGGGCUCUGGCCACUAGUAAAUUGUUAGCAGCAGAAAACAGAAGGCAACUUCCAGGAGCAUAUUUUAUCAAUAUAAUGUUGGAAAUAUGGGAAUUACUGCAAUUUUUUGGCACUAGAACAUUUUUUUUUAUUUGUUUGGUGUAAGAAGAAGAGAAGUAGGGGAAUUAAUUCACUUAUGUGAUUGGCAAAAGAAACCAAAAAUCAAAAAGAAAACUGAUUUUAGCUGAGACACCGCAUGUUCAGCUUGGCAUCUGUAAGAGAAGUGCUGGCACCAUGACUCAGCCCCACAGAGAAGGGCUGCAGCCUCCCCCAGGAGAUCGGUGACAACCACAGCUCUAGUACACAGUACUGAAUCUUAGAAAGACUCUGGCACAUAGUGCUGCUUCCAACAAAACACAGAUGAACUCCCUGGCUCAGAGUUGCUAAAAGAUCUUAAGACUAAUGAAACAAAUUAAGUUACGUCCAAAUGUGCUGUGCAAGGCAUGCUGCAUCCUUCCACAGCAACCACAGACUCAGCUCUGCAGGGAUUCCCUUCCAUGCCAGCACCAGGGACAGACUCUGGCCAAGGCACCUGACAGACCACCACACUGGAGAGCUUAAGAUGAAAGGCAGCAAGCACUGAAGUGGCAAAUGAGGACAAAAUGGUGGAUCCUCAGCUCCUGCUGCUCCUAGCAGUUGCAAUACAGCCAGUUGUGCUCAAAGGCUUCACUCAUCCUCUCCUUCUGACUCACUUCCACAAGCCUAACAAGUUAGGAAGUGAAGUCAUUUGCUAGGAACCAGAAUAGUGUUUUCUUUGCUCUCAGAUACAGAAUUUCUGCUGACUGAUGUACUGAUAGCUCUCAUGGACUUGAUAGUUGCUUUAAUCAGUGAAUUAAUUGUAUUGUUAGAGCCCUACUGCCCUGAUCCAGGAAUGUAUCACCUCCUAUGAUUGCUAGGUACUCCUCUAAAGAGCUGGAAGGAAAAAAAGUUGGAGAGCGCCCUGCUUCUCUUAAAACUUCACCUUUUGGCCCUGAUAGACAGAGAAACCCUUCACCACUCUUCUGUGCAUCAUUUCUGUUAUGCACACAAAGCCAACCUUAUAGUCUCUGAGGUGCGUUCAUUCACAAAGUGCAUGAACUUUCUCCUCCAUCAAAACUAAGCAAUAGGCCUCUGAAUAGUAAGGAUCAGAGUGAAAUAAUUUUGGGGAGAUAGAAUUGGUCACAUUUCCCCUGGAACAGGGCUGACAUUUUGCUGCAUGGGCAGGCGAUCUCUUGGUGCAGCCUCCUGCCUUGCAGCAAAACAAAAUGCUGCUGCAGUGCAGCUUUGAAGCUAUCUGUUCCUUCAAGAGGGGGUCCCAGCAAUAAGCCUGAUUAGGAGAAGAUACAUUUUAGGCUGUGCAUGGGCUGCAGAUGAGGAGAGUGAUUCAUCCCCGCCUGUCUGCAAGAUAAGGUAGGCUCAUCGAGCUCCCUGCACAGCGCAUUAGCAGCAGGCUUGCGUCUAAUAAUAAUACCCUGUGAGCAAUUAAAAUAUACCUCCAUUUAAGGGUGAGAUACACAACUUAGUUUAAAGACUGUAGGAUGUAAAAUAUGACACCAGGGUGUAUUUUAAGGCAAACCAGCUGAACGCACAAGCUGGCUGUGUGGCACGCUCACUCCCCCACAUUGUGCGGCCACUGCCACCCCCGGGAGCAGGAGCAAAGCCCCUCUCCAGCAGGCCCACAGGAGGCUUUGCUGUUCACAGGAGCAAAAGCCACUGAACACGUAGCAGAGGUUUUCCCUGCCUUUAGUUUAGGGCCAGAUGGGCAGGUCUGGGGGCUGAGAGGCUGGAUGUGCAGGCAGGUUGGGAUCUGUGGCAGUGACAUAACCAAAGAUUAGUCCUGACUGUCAGCCAGCCUGACUUCAGUGCCACAGCUGAGAUGGUGUCUAAGAAAGUACAGAACAACUCUAAGACUUUUAUGCAAAGUAAACAGAAUCAGAGUCAUUUGAGUUGGAAGGGUCCUUUUAAGACUACGUAGUCCAACUCUGCUGCAUUGAACAGGGACAUCUACAGCUCAGUCAGCUGCUCAGAGCCCAGACCAGCCUGACCUUGAAUAUCUCCAGUGAUGCAGCAACCUGUUCCAGUGCUUCACUAAAAUAAAUAUGCCCUAUGUGUGAUGCACAAAUCAUACAGUGCAGUAGGUACUUUUAUAUACUGUAUAUAAACAAUAUCUCUGUCUAUUCCAUGCCUUAGCAUAAUGCCUUGCUAUACUGACUGCAGUUUUAUAUACACACAUACGCACAUACGUACAUACCACAUACACUGCUAUAAUGUAUAAUGAGCCACAGCAGGAGAGGUAGCACAGCCCCCAGUGCCUGUUGCAAUGGAUCAGCAGCCCCCACUGCCAACACCACCUGCAGCAUCCACAUCGCCUUCAUGCCUCAGUGCUGCUGCUGCAGACGUGGCAGCAGAAAAUAGAGUGGUUCCAUCCCACUCACACAGCAUGGCUAUUUAUACAGCUGCCAGCAGCAUGCCUUGCCCUUCACGUUACAUCUGCUCUCACGCUUACUAAAAAUGGGUGGGCAAAGUCAGCUGUGAGAGGGAAGCUGUGAUUUUCAGUGAGUCUGGCGUGACCCUGGGUCCAGCAGUGCCAAGAGAAAACAGAAACACCCUUGAAAGUACAUAAAUGAAACCCAAUCUAAAGCAUUUGCAGAGCUAAGAAGUGGAUAGCAAGCAGUAAGAAGUGGGUUGCUGUUGAUUUACAGAUCCUUUGUAGGAAACUUGGCAACCUGCUGCAUUUUCUAAGUGGCUGAGUGACAGAAUUGCUCAGUUUCUGCUGACCACUCAAACGCAUUCAUGGUUUGCAUCCCGGAGGGUGGAAUGGCAAGCGGGGACAGCCAGGGCCACUGGCAGAUGUUAUUUGGGUAGAAGGGAACAAAGGUGCUGGAUCAGCCCCAGCACUGACACAGUUUUGAUGUUUUCUUGUCCACAAAAAAGACAAUUUCUAGCUUAUCACCCAUGUAAAUUGGUGCUGACUUGACUUUGGUAAUGCCAACAGCACUGAAAACUUUGGUACGGUUCCUUCAGAGCUCAUGGCAUUGAUCACUGCAUGGAGAAGAAAUAGCAGGAUGCAGCUAUUCUUGUUUUCUGUGCUUUUCUCUGUUCCUGUUAACACGUUAUGUGCGAACAACUGAAAUUUAAUUUUGAAACAACUGUGAACACCACUAACUCAACAACCCAUCUGCAGAAGAAAAGCAGUACUCCCAUGAAGUAUUAUCACAUGGUGACACCUUUCUGAGCACAGAUUUGUAUCUUCAGCUCUUUCCCUGCAGGCAAGGAUGUACUUUCUUCACAGCAUGGGAGCAGCUAAGAGCUCUCCAUUCCCCUGCUCCUGCAAGGAGGACUGAGAGAUGUAAAAGGCUGGAGGUCUCCUGGGAGCACUUUCAUUUCCAUCCCUACCUAUAAUUAUUUUCAUCUUUGCUCCCCAUUUUCAGCUCCCUGGCAGCUGCAGCCCACUCAGAAACUGAAGGAAAUACAGCAGGACUUGGAAGAUAAACACACACAGAACUGCAAAGUGUCAAUCAAAAGCAACAGUCACACAUACUGCCUGGGCUGUGGCAGCCUCUUCUAAUCUGGUUUGCAUCAUCUCCUCACUAAUGACAUUUUGAAGAUCUAUGAAAUACUGCAGGCACCUUCCCAGCAAGAAUGUGGAACUAAUAACUUCAUAGCCAGAACUGAAAUUUAUUUUGGGAAAGUUAUUCUCUUGAAUACAUUUUGGCUUCACAGAGCAGCAAGCGAUUUCUUCAGAGCCUCUUCUUACCAGUCCUGCUGCCACAUCUGUCCCCUCUUGUCACCUCCUGGCUACAGGCUCAGGCUGCUUUCUCAAUGGCUUUGCCUCUCCUUCCUUCCCUGGGAUUCAGAGAAAACCCAGUUCCUGCUCUACCACACAGCUUGGAGAUAAAUUAAAAAGCAAAACGGACAUUGCCUCAGUAUCAGGGAUGCAAAUCUACCACUCACUGGCUUUAAACAGUAGUUUAAACGUGCAAGAAAUCAUAGUAAUAAAGACAAAGCCCCUGAGUGCAAAGCCCCUGGGCCAGGAUGCUGGAUUUCACACCAUGUACCAGUAUGGCUCUAACUCCAGACUCUUCUGGAGGCAAUAGCUCUGGAGCAGAGUAGCAGUGUUGCUGCAGGGCUGCAGAUAGAGAUAAAAAAAACCAAACACAAAAACAAAGUAGAAAACAAAACAAAACAAAACUGGCUUGCUAGUUCUGCCUCGGAGACACACCUCCCAGGCAAAAAGCUUUUAGGGACAACAUUCCCAAAUCAUUUGAAGAUGCCUGCCCAUCCUUUCUUACUGGUUGCUAUGGUGAGAGAUGACGGAGCCCAAGAUGGGUAUAAUACAAGGCAGCGUGCGGAGCAGGGAUUUAGCAGAGCAGGAGGGACGCAGCGGUGAGAAGAAGGGAAGGUGCUGCGCUGCUCUCCUGCACUGAGGGGCUGCUGCAGAGCUGCUGGGGAGGUAAGCUGCUUCCUGUGGCUCCGGGAGGGCUUAGUGAUGGGUGCAUGUGCUUUUCUCCUCUGUAGGAAUGGUUGUUAAGAUGAGCUGCUUCUUGAGAAUUAAGGGAAAGUUAGUUCUGUUAAGGGAGAGGGGAGGAAAAGAAGAAAAAAAAGAAAUGAGAUUGAUUGCAUGCAGCUUCUGCUUAGAGUGCUCAGGUGGUUGGGGGAAGAGAACCCUGCAACAAGGCUCAGAGGGCACUCUGGUGCCCUAGGAGAGUGAUGUACCAGCUGUUGUGGCUUUUGUUAAUCAGGGAUGUGUUACUGAGUAGUCUUUUAUUAGGAGGAGAGCUUUGUUAUUCAUACACUUGUAAUCCCUUAAAAAAUUACAAUAUUAUAUUAUUGUAAUAUAAUAUUGAAUAUUAUAUUUCAGCAGUUUUCAGAUCUCACAGUUACUAUUCUGAUAUUACAGUGUGAGAUGCUGUAGUAGCAGAAAUAUUUUAUUGUUUAUUAAUCAACACGUUAAAUAUGGAAAAUUCAGCAACAGCUUAAACAACUAUUGAAUCACUAUGCAGCUUUUCCGUAUGACAUUUAGGUAUAAAAAUUAAUCUUUAGGAAACUCUACCAGGCAAGCCUAAUUAUUAGUUUAUGUUAAUCAAACUUGCAGUAUCCUUUCCAUUCAAUGGGAAUGUGAAGCGAAAGAGCUAAAAAAGCUUCCUGUGUGGACAACCAGUCACAAAGAAGAGAUUUUUCAAAAUCUAAUUAGACCAUAAAGUAUACCCUAUGUCCUACAUUUGGUUGUUUUUUUUUCUUUCAAGAAGCAGGCUGAUAACAGUAGUCUGGGCACCAAGCAGGUUUCAUCUUUGGUAAUUUCAACCACCUAAGAUCGAUCAUCUAAUCUAAGCUCACUAGGCACAGCCCUUCUGCAGCCAGUGGAAAGAGCUCCCUCCUAGGUUGUGGGCAGCUCAGUUCCCACAGUUGCUUUCUUUUUGCCUCUGCAAAGGGGAAUAUGACAUUUUCUACAUUCAAGGAAGUGAAGCUGUGAUGACUGAGGGAAAAGAUGGUAACAACUAUGAGUGUGGAAAUGAUGGAAGCAGCAGUAUUAGAAAUGAAACUCUUGAGUGCAGCAAGUGCCCCAACAGAUCGACUUUCAUUUCCACAAGUUCCACUAAGCAUAGGAGUCUAUGGUGAAAUGGGCAGGUUUUGAAGCAGUCAGCUGAGUAACUCAGCUUCUGAAAGUUUGCUGAAGACCCCGAAGACAAUUGCAAUGAAGUUUUCUUUCUGCUAGAGAGCACCUGCAGUGCUUAACAGUUCUAAAAAUGCAGUAUUUUUUAGUGUCAACCACUGGCAAAACACUUAAAAGAGAUUGCAGGGACAAUUGUGGCUUAUCCAAAAUGCAGUGUGUUUUAGUAAUUACUUUUACAGAAGGCACAGAGAGUUCACCUGAAGCCUACACAGGCCAGCCUAAGGGUCAGUAAUACCAGUGGAAAGCCUUCACUGAUGUCAGUGGCCUUUAGGACUGCACAUGCAUUGGGGAACUCAGCCUCUCGCUGGUUCUGGUUUCAGGGACAUGAUGAACAUCGACGUGCACAACAUCACCUACACCAGUGCCACAGUCUCCUGGACCACCACCAACCCCUGUCCAGAGAACUACUACCACGUCAUGUACCGCCCCAACUGGAACAGCGUCUUCGCCGGCUAUUUGCGCCAAAACUUCCACCGUGAAGAGCAAGUUCCCCACUCCCUCAGCUCUGUCAUCCUCCAUCGCCUCACGCCCUCCACCAUCUAUGUCCUCUGCAUCACGUGCAAGAACUCCUACCCUUCCAGCAACCACUGCACCACGUUUCACACGCUGGACCAAAACCCCUUACUUUUCAGCGGCUCUAAGCACGAGCCCACCACCUCCAUGUGGAUGGUGAGCAGCCUGUUGCUGCUCUGCUUUAUAGCUCUCUUAGUCUACGGCUGCCUGCAGUUCUGGGCUGCACAGUGCUGUGGGCCUUCCAGGCCAAAGCAACAUGAUGCCAGCCCCGAAGAAGUGGGUGAAGGCAGCAGCUCGCUGGAUGGUCCUCUGAAUGAUGGACUGAAAGAAGAGCUUCUGGAAGUGCCCAUGACCACUGUGCUCAUGAGGAGCUCCAGUUUCUUGAGGGAGAGUCCAUAUAGUUCUCCACGCUGCUUCUUCCCCUAUAAGAACAGUGAUGAUAAGACAGCCAUCUUGCCACAGCAUGGCCUUCAGUGAGAGCAAAAUAAAGAGAGGCCCUGCUUGGCAGUCUGGUUCAUGCUGCUCUUUCCCAGCUCUUCCCAGUUUGUGUAUGCACAGGGGCUGUUUGUCCCGGGGUAAAACAUGAGGUAGGAGUGUUAGCUGCAGGGAGAAAAGCUUUUUCAACUGACAAAAAUACUGUCAUUCACUGAGGGGUUUUUUAAAAGGAAACAAGGUAAGCUUUCUGGGAAUGGCCAUGCUAGGCUGACUGUAGUGUCACCAUCUAAUCUGCAUCAGUGCUGUAGAUCAGUCAUCAACCAGCAUGCACAAGAAAUAAACUCCACUCCAGUAGUUUCAUGCCUGAGUGAUCCUCCACUAGCAUCACACCCCAAGCCCUCAUAGCGCUUGCAUAAACAGUCAUCAUGGCCUGACAAAAGAGCUUUUUGUCAGUGUGAAGUAGUUUACGUUUGCACUCCAGCUUUUUAGUAACUCCUGUUUUGAACUACAAAUGGGAUUCCUGUAGUAGCACCUUCCUCGGGGAGCAGCACUGUACUGGAACUCCAGCUAGCUCUCCUCUCUCUGUGUUUAGAUGGAUGUGACUUGGUCUCCAAGCCCCACCAGCAAGCAAAGGGUGGUAUCAGCACUCCUUCACACAGGCAUGUUAUGCAGAAGAAUAUGGGAAAGCAAUAGCAAAAAGCACACUGAAGCUGCUUCUUGCAUGGCUUUUUUGUUUCACAUGGCAAUGUGAUGCUGUACAUUUGCACUUGUCACACUGUUAUUGAAUAAGAUAUUGCAUUUGUUUCUUCCUAAAUAAAGGAUUCCAGCAUCCACCCCUGCUGGCUGCCAUGGCUC